AUGAAACACGCUAGCGGACUUGGUCCUACACAGAUCGAAAGAGAGCAAUUUUCUCUAUCGAAUGAUUAUGUCAAAAUCCCAACUCAUCGAGCCAGAUUGAAUACGUUAGUUUAUCACCUUAAUUUAUUACAUAAUAACAAAGUUGAGAAUUCAAAUGAUGCGUUAUUAUUCGCAUCUCCCUAUCUUUACAAUAUUUCAACAUACGAUUAUUUAAUUUCAAACAGCACAAUAUUUUAUAAAAGAUUGCAUUACAUUAGCAAUGGUCAUCCAGAAGUUUUAAUAUUUAUCAUAAUCUCCGAUGAAUUUCGUUUAAUUGGUCUCAAUUGGUUAUUAAAUAUAAAAUAUUAUUUACCAUCAUUAUUUAUACGUUUAUUUAUUGGUUGUCAUGAUAAAAGUAGUCUAGAAUUAGUGGAAAAGUUUAAUUUAAAGUAUCAUUUAUCAAUUCCAUAUUAUUUAAUGAAUUUUAAUGAUGAUUUACCACCUAUAACAUUAUCACCACAUUUUAUCAAUGGAAAAAUUGUUGGCAAACAAAAUAAUAAACGACACCAAUUAAUGAUGUUUAUUUCAGUUAUUGAACGUUUACAAUUAUUACGUAACGGUUUUACAUUUAUUUAUAGUGAUACUGAUAUUCUUUUAUUUCGUUCACCAUUAAAUCUUUAUCCAUUUUCAAUAUUAACUAAAAAUGUUCCAAUAUUAUUUCUUAGUGAUUGGGAAAAUAUAACACUUCUACGUUAUAAUAGUGGUUUUCUAUUUUUAAGACCAUUGUAUUUACCAAUAAUUGAAUUAUGGA